CUGUCCUUCCCCGCCUAAUGACUAGAUAUCUGAUUAACAGCCUACACAAACUCACUCAUUUGAGCUCCAGGAAAAUGCGAGAACUAUUAGCCCGGGAAGAAAAUACCCGCCACCUGUUGGGAAUGGAAGAAUUACUAAAACAAGUAACUGAGCGAUGUGAUGCCUGCGCCCGCGUAAAUGCGACCAGGCUAAAGCUACCCAUGGGGACUCGAGCUCGGGGGCACUGGCCUGGGGUGCAUUGGGAAAUAGAUUUCACAGAAAUCAAACCAGGAAAAUAUGGAUACAAGUACCUCCUGGUUUUUGUUGACACCUUUUUGGGAUGGACUGAAGCUUACCCUACUAAGCAUGAGACGGCAAAGGUGGUCACCAAGAAACUUCUUGAAGAAAUCUUCCCCCGUUACGGAAUGCCACAGCUCACCUGCAGGCACUCCAGCUGGUCCAGCAGGAAGUCUGGAAGCCCCUGGCCCAAGCCUACCGAGACCAGAGGAGACACCCUAUCGUCCCCCACUCCUAUCACGUGGGAGACAGUGUUUGGGUCCGACGCCACCAGGCUAAGAACCUUGAACCCCGCUGGAAGAGACCAUACACGGUCCUGUUGACCACCCCUACUGCUCUCAAGGUGGACGGGAUUGCUGCUUGGAU